UUAUAGAAGUGGAUAUUUAUACAUGCAAGGUCGCAAUUGAAAUGGCUAAUAAAAAAACGUAUAUGAUGUUAGUUUUCAUGUGCAUUUAUUACGACUGUACAUCAUGUGACCAAAAAUGUAGAUGUAAACAAAAUAAACAUGAUAAAGGAUCAGCUACUUGUUCUGAGCUCACGUACAUACCGAGAUUUCCAGAAUAUGUCAAAUCUAUAAAUUUUACUAACAACAAAUUUCACAUUAUCAACAGGGAAUUUAUGUCAAACUUAACGAAAAACAACAUUACAUCUCUAAUCCUUACCUCUAAUGCAAUUCGAAUUCUAUACGAGGACGCUUUUUCUGGUUUGCUAGUUUUGAAAAGCCUCAUUAUAUCAAGAGAGAAGUCAUUGAAUAUUUCCGAUGUCAAAAAGGCAUUAAUUAAAUUAGAAGCUACUCUGGAAAACAUUAGCCUGAUGGAAAAUGGCUGGACUUAUGUUCCUACUGGCAUGUUCGAUGCAAAAGAAUUUAAAAAUAUAACGAAAAUUUGUCUUUCUAAGAAUAAAUUACGAGAAUUUUCUUUCGCCGAAGUUGCAAAUCUUGUAAACUUGGAUCGACUAGAUAUCUCAGAAAAUAAAGUCAUCACACUUGAUGUGACGCAAUCUGUUAAUGUGAAACAAAUAAUUGUUAAUGGGAACGAUAUUGUUCGUCUAUCGAGUUUUUGUAACAGCACUGACGGGACAAGUCUACUGCAAACACUUCAAUCAUUAUACAUAAACGACAAUGCUCUUUCUGAACUAACACCGACCAUGUUCAAAUGUUUGCCGUCACUUACAACCCUCCAUCUGAAUGGUAAUAGAUUGACUGCCUUGUUGAACGAUACAUUUAGCGGCAUACCUCAGCUGACCAAAUUACAUAUUCAAUACAACAAAUUCAAAAAAAUUGAGAAAAAUGCUUUUCAAAGUUUAUCAUUGCAAAGGCUAAAUUUUGGACAUAACGGAUUUCAUUUUGAUGAUGAUCGACGAUUUGAUCCAAAUAAUAUAUUUAAACACGUCCCAAAAUUAACACAUUUAGAUUUGACAGAUAACUUUUUACAAUCAGAAAACAAACAUUUGUUACGUCAAAUGUUUAGUCAUUUACAAAACCUGACUUCUCUGAAUCUCAUUUCAACAUAUCUGCAGAAAUUACCAACGAACGUUUUUCACUUGAUGUCAUCACUUCAAAGCUUGAUUCUUCAAGGGAAUUACUUGCGUGACUGGAAAGAAGAAACAUUUGAAAAUAUGACAAAUUUACAAUACCUAAAUCUCCAAGGGAAUUAUAUUCAGUUGAUUAACUCGUCCUCUUUUCCUAAGGAACUGUUAAUGAGGCUGAAAACGCUCGACCUUUCGAACAAUCACUUCUCGUGUACAUGUGACCUUAUGUGGUUUCGUGAUUGGUUAAGAAAUAAAAAUAAAAACCGACCAAAAUUGUCUAACUAUCCACACAGGUACAAAUGCAUUUAUCCGGAGAAUAUGCAUGGAAAAUUUUUGAUAAAAUAUAACCCAACCAACGACAUAUGCACUCCUUGGAAUCAAUUAUAUACUACGGCGAUUAUUUUGUCAUUUUUUGCAUUUAUAAUAUUUACUCUAAUAGUUAUGGCAUACCGAUGCCACGCAAAUAUCCGUAAUUAUUUCUAUCUGUUUAGAAUACACAGACUAAAACGACGGGGUUACAUACGUCUAAACAGUAGCGAGGAUUUCGAAUAUCAUGCAUUUGUAGUUUACUGUGACGCUGAUAGGAAAUGGGUUCAUAAUAUUUUCCUGAGAAAACUCGAAGAUGAUGGUCUCAAGCUGUGUGUUCAUCAUCGGGACUUCGAUGUGGGUGCAUCAAUAACAGAAAACAUAGACACUUAUUUACAAAAAUGCUGGAAAAUUAUAGUAAUUAUGAGCAAUGAUUUCGCUAAAAGCGAGUGGUGUCAGUGGGAGGUGGAUUUUUUGCAGGAACGCAGGCGUCAACAAGGAAAAGAUGUUUUUUUACUAAUCAUGUUGAAAACAAUUAACUCUAAUCAUAUGACAUGUCCUGUCAAAACUUUAAUAAAGACAACUCCAUACCUGACCUAUAAAGAUGGAGUAGGGGAGGACUUAUUUUGGAAAGCUGUCAUUGAGAGUAUCCAAAAGCCUCUUGGAGAUCCACCAGUUGCAAUGUGACAUGUCUGUUGUUAGUCCUUCAUAAUUUUACUUUGUAAAGAUAGGUUCUAAACACCACGCAUACUUUCCUAGAAAUAGUACACUGCGUUUUAAAAUGUCAUUGAAAGUUCAUUAUCUUAUUAAAGAUCAAAGCUA